GAGGGCUGGAUGAAAUGCCUGUUUGUAUCAGAGGGAGCAUAAAGUUGUGCCAUUGGAUUUGGUGGGGAGUGAGGAGGAGGAGGAGGAGGAAGAGGAGAGAGGUCUGUCGGCUGCAGGAUUCCAUCACUCUUAGCAACCGUUGUUGAGUUACCACGGAAACGCUCUGCAAGGUUCUCUGCUUCUCCUUUGUCUUCCUCCAUCGCUCUCCCUCCUCUCUCUUUCUCUCUCUGCCUCUCGCUCACUCCCUCCAUCCUGUCUUUAUUGCUGGUUGACUUCCUCUGUGCGUUGCUACGGCGAUGCUCUGGGACAUUCAGCUGAUCAUUUUACCGUCGCAGUGCUGGAGUGCAGAGCUGAACUGAAGGAACCUCUCCACUUUCUUCACCUGUGGCUUGUUUUGGGCACUGAGUCCAUUCCUGCUCUUCAACUUUUGCACAUUAUCUAGUGACCUUUAACCUCGCAGCUUCCCUUUCAUUUUCAAUAUUUCUGGAUUGCACGACCUGUGGAGUGACACAGGAAGUUGGACGAAGUUUCUGUAAACACAAAUGGCUGCGGUCUGCGUUAAUGAUUUUACAAAUCCGUGAGUUUGAGCAACGUCCAGCCGCUUCUCAAACACCAAACGCUGCUCAGCAAACACUUCUCCUCCUUCACCACAGCGAGAUGAAUGAGGAGGUGGAGGAGUUACAGCUGCCUGAGGAGCUGCUGGAGGAGGAAGAGCAGGAGCAGCAAGAAGAUGUCGAGCAGGACAUAGAACACCAGGAGGAGGAACAACAGGAGGAGGAGGAGGUGCAAGAACAAGAAGAGCAACAAACUGUGGAGCAGGAAGAAGAGGCGCAGCAACAAGUGGCGGAGCAGAAGAAUGAGAUGCAACAGGAGGAGAAGGAGGAAACGCUAAAUGAGGAGGAGAUGCAGCAUGAAGAGGAGGCUUUAAACGCAGAGGAGGAGGAGCAGGAGGAGAAAGUGGAGAAUGAAGAUUUGCAACAAGAGGACACACUGCACAAAGUAGGAGAAAUGCUGGAGGAGCAGGAGGAGGCACACACUGAGGAGGUGCAGCAAGAGGAAGAGGAGGUGAAGCAGACUAAGGAGGAGGAGGAGGAGCAGCUGCAGGAGGAGGAGGAGGUGCAGACGCAGGAGAUGUCACGGACUGAGGAGCAGUGGACUGAGCAGGAGCAGCAGUCUGAGGAGGUGCAGCAGGCUGAGGAGACGCAGGACUUCGGAGACUCUCUGGAGCAGAACCACAACAACGCGGUGCUGAUUCGACUGAGAGGAAUGCAGAAGUACAAGAACGCGUCGCAGAGGAUGAAGGGGGUCCUGGAGCAGAUGGACCGCGGCGUGGUGGACCUGCCGGAGCUCCGCAGGAACCUGGAGCUGGCUGCAGCCAUGCUGGACGCGGUUUACACCGACGAGACCAGGUGGGACGGACGAAAGCGUCUGCUGGACGCCGAGGACGAGCUCAGCGACCUGCAGGCCGAGUCGGUGCCCAGCGAAGUGCGCGACUGGCUGGCGUGCACCUUCAGCAGGAAGAUGGGCAUGGCCAAGCGCCGGCCCGAGGAGAAGCCCAGGUUCAGAACCAUCGUCCACGCAGUGCAGGCCGGCAUCUUUGUAGAGAGGAUGUACAGACGGACGUCCAACAUGGCCGGUCUGACCUACCCCCCCACGGCGCUGGCAGCUCUCAAGGAAGUGGAUCAGUGGUCGUUCGACGUCUUCUCCUUCCACGAGGCAACUGGAGACCACGCCCUCAAGUUCCUGGUCUACGACCUGCUGACCCGAUACGACCUCAUCAACAGGUUCAGGAUCCCGGUUCAGGCUCUGGUGCAGUUUGUUGAAGCACUGGAGAGCGGAUACAGCAAACACAGGAACCCCUACCACAACCUGAUCCACGCGGCCGACGUCACGCAGACCGCUCACUUCCUGAUGCUGCACACCGGGCUGAUGCACUGGCUCAGUGAGCUGGAGAUUCUCGCCAUGGUUUUUGCAGCAGCCAUUCACGACUUCGAGCACACAGGAACCACCAACAACUUCCACAUCCACACCAGGUCUGAGGUGGCCAUUCUGUACAACGACAGGUCGGUGCUGGAGAACCACCACGUCAGCGCCGCCUACAGGCUGAUGGCGGAGGAGGACAUGAACAUCCUGCUGAACCUCAACAAGGACGACUGGAGGGAGCUGCGGUCCCUGGUCAUAGAGAUGGUGAUGUCCACAGACAUGUCCUGCCACUUCCAGCAGAUCAAGACUAUGAGGAACACCCUGACUCAGACACACGGAAUAGACAAAGUCAAGGUGUUGUCCCUGAUGCUUCACGCUGCAGACAUCAGUCAUCCAGCCAAGGCCUGGCCGCUGCACCACCGCUGGACCCACAGCCUGAUGGAGGAGUUCUUCAGACAGGGAGAUAAAGAGGUGCAGCUCGGCCUUCCCUUUUCCCCUCUCUGCGACCGCAAAGCCACCAUGAUCGCCCAGUCACAGAUAGGUUUCAUUGACUUCAUUGUGGAGCCGACCUUCAGCGUUCUGAUCGACACAACAGAGAAGGUGAUUGGACCUCUGAUCGAAGAGGACAGGAAGGCCAAGGAGACUGGAAACAGGAGGUCCAGUUUGACCGGGAGCGGCUCCGUAACUGUGGAGUCGGUCCAGAGGCACAGUAGUGGUCGCCAUGGGAACAAUGAUGAUGGACAGAUGGACUUCUCUCUGACAGCCAUCGACCUGCCGGCUCUGAAGCUCCAUCUGUCUGGUGUCAUCGCCAGCAACAAGGACCGGUGGAAGGAGCUGUCCGUGCAUGAACUGGCCAAUAAGAAGCAGGAGGAACAGCAGGAGGUGAAGCCAGACGUCCAGUCUGCGUCUCCCAGUCACAGUGAUGGACACGCCUCUGACCAGCCACAGCACUCAGACGAUGCCUUGCCUGACGACGGGUCACCUGAGCACCUGACCUGCAACGGCGCCGGACCAGAGGAGGAGCAGGAGGAUGAAGUGCCUGAAAACGCCUGAUGAGCUCUGAGCCCAACUCACCACUGGAUCUGACUGUGGCAGGUCACCAUGGCAACAGGCGGCACGGCGCAGUGACGAGGGUUUUGACUCUCAGCAGCUGAAUCAACGGCCCCUCAGUGGUCCUCAGUGGGGCUGCCAACCUUAUGUUUACAACUCAUCAUGAAAAUAUGACAUUCAGAGCCACAACAUUCAUCACAAGCUGCUUCACGGUCCAUUCACAUCGGUGAAAGUGUUUUGUGACUUUAUUAGAGACUCAGAGUAUAAACCUAUAAAUAUGAGUAACACUGACGGGUGGAAACCAAAGAGUGCACAAUGACUUCGGACAGUAUGUAGUGGUAGUAAAGUGUUUCUGUUGAA